AUCAGAAGUUUGUCCAUCGCUCACAGUGAGCACGUCAUUAGUAAAAGCACGUUCAGAUGACUUUGUUACCGCUCCCGCUUAGCAUCGUUUAAUUUCCCGCACUUUCCCAACAUACACACACACCAAGCAGCGUCAUUUCUCCCGAUGUCAAAAUUUUAUAUUUGCACACACAGCGCAGAGCGCCAUAAAAUCAGCGGAUGCAAAGUUGCCAAUUUGCAAACCAUUCACCACUUGACCCCAAAACAGCAAACGAAGUAAAAGGAAACGGGAUAUUAGAGAUGCUGCCGGUGCCGCUGGUUCAUCGUUGCCGGGCGCAAAAGCAACGUCCUACUCGGGAAGGAGAUAGCCACCCCUUCGCUGACUUCCGGUUCGGAGUAUGGAACAGUAGUUCUCGCCCUCUCGCUCAUUGUUGGAGUUCCUUCCUAUGGUAAUGGAAGCCCCAUCAACACACCGACACACCCAAACUGAUAUGAUCUGACGUAGGUUUGGGCUCCCCCGAUCAUCUCCGGCCCCAUCUUCCAGAAGAAGAAGGCAUUACAUCGGCGAGCAAGAUGAAGAAAGAUAAUCGCAAGUCAGAUUUGAGUGCUCAUUUUCGGUUAUCGAUCUCGGGAAAAAAAAUCAACGCCGUAACUUCCUUCCACUACCCUCUGGUUUGCACACAAGUGUACUGGUACUGACUGAGGAAAAAGGCACCCGAGCACCAGAAACGGAGAGUUUAUUUUCACAGCAUUCAAUCACGGACCGGAGAAGUGCGCAUCUUCAGCCCUAAGGUAAACGGCCGCCGCCGCCGCAAGAGAUUGGGGAAGAUUCGGCCGGUUUGCGUGUGGAGUGGAAUUAAAACACGAGAAGAUGGGCCCACUUUUCCCGAGCCAGCACAACGCACCCAAGAAGGCUCUGGAGAGAGGGAUAGAGAGAGAGAGAGAGCAGUGGCGAUUACAAUCCGCCAAGAUCGGGAAGCGAUCGAUUGUUUUCGUUGCUGUGGUGGAAAGUUUGUUAAGGAAAGGAGCUAUAACAACUGCCACGGUGAACAUUAGAUUAAGCAAGCAUUUUCACUGCUCAAGAGCAUCGUGAGUUGAGCAGCGUGGUAAGAAGCGUGCGCGCAUGUGUACUCGACGAGAUGACCCACAUUGGAUGGAAAGAAUGUGUGUCAUAGUACCUAUAUCUCAACGGACGUUCUGGCUUGCUGGGAAGGAUGGGUUGUUUCGGAAGGUACAACAGGUUUCUGUACACACGACAUUUAACAUAUUUUUCAUGCUACAUUCAUUACCCACCGAACCCGAACCAGAGUGCCUUUCCUUUGCCGAAUGUACACAACAACAACAGCAACAAAAAUCCACUGGGCACUUUCUAAUUCAUACCCAAAGUAAAAGGGCCAAAGGUGUACCCUAACUGUGCUAAUCAGCCUGUCUGUCUGGCUUGAUUAUACAGUAACAGGUGCUAACCUAAUCAUCUCACCACUCCGCUCUACUCGCUCUGUCAUUUGGGAGUACAUUUUGGGGUUUGGCACUUUAUCACCCUAUCCACGCCCUACAAAUAAUGGGCGGUGAGUGCACUGCGCCAUUUGCUUCGUCAAUUGGACCUGAUGAUGGUAAGUGUGAUUGCAUAGCAGAUUGGGAAUGGGAAUAGGGUAGGUAACAACUCUACCCGUUUUACAACAUUCUGGGUUACAGACAGGUUGUAAGUCCUACCGUUUGUAUGUUUAUUCAUGUCGAAGUGGUGGCGUUUUUCCCAACUCAUUUCUCUUCACAGGUGAGCGCAUGUUUGGCCAAUACGUUCGUUUGCAUGUACAAUAUUUAUGACUAGCAUAUCUUUUAUUGCCAAACAACCAGGCGAGACUAUUUGCCGUGGACACAUUUAUCUCCUGCCGGCACACUUUACCCACGCACAUGAGCUACACGAUCAUUUGGCGAAGCCUGAUAGUAAACACACACGUUGUUGAGUAAUUAAACGCAUGGCACCUUAUGCUCCAUCACAUUACAGCGUUGUACAGAACGAUAGCAGUGUGCAAAAAAAAAAAACAGGAAACUCGUAUUUGAAGUGCUACGUUUUAGUUAUCCAUUAAUUGAAUUUGUGGAAAAAAAAUCGGAAAACUCAAUUAAAAAUACAAUUAUGAUCUACGUCAAACCAAACACGGUGAGUCACGUAAAGAACGUGGCGCUAUUUUAUCUCCGGAGCGAAUUGUGUUUUUAGCAGUUCUAGGAGUAGAAAAUCUGUUCCGUACACGAUCCGGAGAAUCGGCUUUAAUUACACACUUGGUGAUUUUCUUCUCUGUUUGCCCACACUGAAGCGGAAACGGGGCAAUCUAUUGCACAGAACGGAGGAAAGCGUCUCGAUAAGUCAUCGAACUGCCGCAGAACACAACAGAGCAUUCGAUGCGUCAUGAUGGUGUGCGAAGGGGUUUUGUUUGCUCAUUACUCACACGCCAAUUAAGGGGGGGUUAAGUCACAAGCUUCUGUACAACCAUCUUAGUAACGCUUGUGUAUCCAGGCGAAGAAUAAGCCAUAGAAGCAGCAACAGGCAGAUCUGUCACGUGAUGUCUUGUUUUACUAAAAUAUAUUUUAUCUUCUUCUCAACACUUCCUGCAUGUGGCUCGAACGUACGAUAAAAUGCAUAUCGACAGUAAAAAAUAGCCCUACAGUGAACUGCAGCACAAAGUCAGUUGACAGGCACAAAGCGACCCGGCUCUCCGUUGGUGAUGAUAAACAAAAAAUUGCGUUCAUCCGGGAAAAUCCAAGGUUGUGCCAUGCUUAUCGUUAAAACUGUGAGUAAUCCACACAUGAUGACAGGCAAAAACACAAUUCCAUCUUUGGCUUUCAUGCUGAACAAAAAAUUAGCCACAAAGUUAUCGAACGAAAGUGAAACUGUUAGGCACAAAACGCCUCGUCGUGAAGCCGUUUCACUGCCGUUUUUGAAAUAUUUAAAUUCUAACGCACGCAACGGUGCGAUGUUCAAACGACCCGCAUACCCCGUUGCAGAUUGACGAUCAACUUCGCAACGCACAAAAACAAAGACGCACCUCUUCACAUGCGGCUUGAAUGAAUACAUUAUUCAUUUCGAUAGUUUUCAUGCCGCCGUCUGGUGACUGGAAUAACUUAUUGGUUAAGCGACGUCGAGGGGCCGAUACGCAUGAAUGAUACGCCGAAACGCAUCGAGAGCCGCAGCUAGAACUCAACCAUAACCAGGCAUGAGAGAGACAGAAAAAAAACAUUUCACGGAAUGUGUGCAGAAAAUCUGAAAUGCAAAUUGGGCACGUCAAUGGACCAGCGAUUCAAAACAGCGCUGGGUCAUGGAAUGUGAAGAUCCCCUCUCUCUCUCUUAACGGCCUCUUUACUGUUUCGUUCUGACUUUUCGAAAGACAUGAAAAAGGUAAAGAUCAUAUUUCACAACUCGCCCAGCGGUGUUGCGGUUGCCAUUGGCGAUGGUGUCUCCGGAAAGGUCUUCUCCUUCCAGCUACUUAUGCUAGUCGCCUUCCCUCUCCCCUCAAAGUCGUGCACGACAGUAGUGGGCAACCUCAACACAAUUCUUGCGGAUGAUGAUGAAUCGUGACGGAACGAUGCACAGGAGGUGCCCGCAGCAUCUAUCGCUCCACGCUCUCGGGUUGCUUGAGUGUGUUUAAGGCCCAUCGAAAGGGGAAGUGGUUUGCAGGUGACGUUCAACGUUUGCCUCACGAGAAAAGUGCACACCCAGUGGGGCAACAACGCCCGGAAUGGUUUGACAUUUGCAUUUGCUACACAGUGUGUGUAGAAGGGAGCGUGUACUGGGAAACCUUUGACACUGUCCCGUGCAGCAGGACCCUUAAUCAAACGAUCGAUCUUGAUCGUGACGCGGUUUAUCGAACGUUAGGCACUGCAAAUCACACCACAAUGCAAAAUCAUCUUGACAAUUGUUUACACUUCUGCGCUGCCAGUAAACAAUCGCGUCGUGACGGUUGUAACUUGCAUAAUCCAAGUAACCCAAGAACACAGCAACACAGGUUUGGGUUUUUUUUCUGCAUGUUCUCAGUAGACAUUCUUCAGGCCGCAAAAAAGCCACCCAUUCCCGCGUUUAAUCCCAGAGACGCUGCCGCAACUCCGCCCGUCAAGAAGGACAUGGAUGUCAUCUGCACCAUCUGCUGGGAUUCGCUGGACAGUGGGCGCAUCUACGCCACCACGUGCGGGCACAUCUUCCACGAGCGGUGCAUCGUGAACUGGACGAUGCGAAGCCACUGCUGCCCGGAGUGUCGGCACGAGCCGACCUUUCCGAUGCGUGUGAUACACUUCACCUGGCAGGAACUCGAGGCGCACGAAAUGCAGCCAUCGCCGGACGGGCAGCAGGAUGAAGCGAACUCCAGCGACCAGGAACACCUGCCGCCGGUACGGAAAACCGUUUCCACGGAGGAUAUGUUCUCGUGCGCCGGUGGAGAAGAGGAGCCGGAACGCAACACGGUCGAGAUGGCGGAGCUGACGCCACCACCGCCGGAGAGUUCUCGUGCUUCGCAGCAGUCGAUCGACGGCGCGGAGCUGGAAGGUAAACGUAGCGAAGGCUGCGGCGUGUGUGGCCGCUUCCACUAUCUGCUGGAGAAAGCGAUCCAGCUCAGAAACACCAUCAAGGAGUACGAAAAAGCGCACCGGGCGGGUUCUUCGCCCCCAAGCCCGUCGGCAUCGGAACAACUGAAGCAGGCCCUCUGCUCGGGCCCAGUAGCCAAACGGGCACGGCAAUCGAGGCCUCCGCUGUGAAGUGUGACUUGUCAUCGCCAUCCAAAUUAUACCGUCGAUUGAUCUGUUGAGAGUGGAUAUUAGUGACUGACCGUGACUGAAGUCCACAUAUGGCCAUCGAUGCGGUAGGUUCGAAAACAACGCGCGCAGACAGAAAGCCCAACACACAUCCGGGAAGUGCGGUAGCGGAAAAAAGGCUGAGCUGAUGACUUCUUGAUGCAUAACGCGCGAAGAAAAAAACCCACCAUCUUCGGCAGGCAUCUCAGUUGGGUCAAAGCUUUGAAAAAUCUCCUUCCGAUCCGAGUGGAUCAAAUUUGUUUGGAACUAUUUUUUUGUACUGUGCAAACUCAUUUCGGCACUGACGAUCUAUUGCAUCCAAUGACCUCUAACAUUUUUGGAUACGAUUUCCAAUAACCUUACGGGUUUCGCAUUUCGUUCAUAGGGUAGACGGAAUUCAAUUAGUCACCAGAAUGUUUGAAAUAUUUUGUUACGAUCAGCUAUUGCAAUGGAUUUCAAGAGAAGCAUACAUUUUUACAACUCUUA